CAGCGAACAGAAAGGUUAUAUAUAUAAACAUAUGUUAAUAAGGUCAUACAAAAUACCCAAAUUUCAAACUACGCUGUUAAUUAUCCAGGAAAAACAAAUUAAAUCACAUCCUCAAUUAUUUAUUAUACUUCAAUUAAUUUAAGAUACAAUAAAAAAUUCUAUUUAUACGAUGUUGGGUUUACACAGAGCCAGUACUUCCAAACAUCCUCAAGUCUACUUUCAUAUCCUAACAUUAUUAAUUGUUGUUAUUUGUGAGGCACAAGGUGAAAUGUAUCCAUCGAAAUGGAAGACUUCUGAGGCUGAUAUCGAUUAUGUGCCUGUGAACAGAAUGAUGAUGAAUGCCCUACUUGAUAAUACUGCUCAUAAUAAUAAUAACAAUAAUGAUGAUUAUCGAAGAAUAAGAACAAGAGAAGCAAAACUUGUUCCUCCUGAAAGACCAGCAAUCUUUGAAUCACCUGAAGCAUUGAGAGCAUAUUUACUCAAGUUGAAUGAAUAUUUUGCAAUUAUUGGUCGUCCAAGAUUCGGUCGAAGAAGAUGAUCAGGAAACUACGAAAAGAAAACUGAAACAAAAACCAACUGAAUUCCAUUUGACUGUGAAUGUGUCGUUAAUCUUCUGUGUAACACAAAUUACGUAACACAUUUAUAUACAUUUACCCACACACCAACACACACACACACACAUUUGAGUCAGCAUACAUUCGAAUUGUUAUAGAAAUACCCAUCUGCCUAUAUUUAUAAUAAAAAAAUAAAUAAAUUCGCAUAUAAGUGACAAGUUCACAACACACACACAG